UUACAGUCCAUCAAUAUUAUGGAACUGACUUUACAGAAAUAUGGAAGUUAUGAAAAAUUUGAACAAGCCACUGGUGGUAGCUUGCUCUCUAAAACUCGAAUCUGGAGUCAUGUUAGGAAGUACAUGAUGAAGGAAGGCUGCCUGGGGGAGAUUGUCGUUCAUCUCACUGAGGACCUGCUUUCCCGAGCUUCGAUGACAGUGGUAAAUGGAUGUCCAACUCUUACCAUCAAUGUUUCUACUGCACGUGAGCAUUGGCUGGAGGGAAUGCUGAGGCAUGAAAUAGGCACACAUUAUUUUCGAGGUAUUAAUAACCUUCAGCAACCAUGGAACAGUUGGACUGGCCGAAAAAAACAUGAGCUAAAGCCAAAUAAUCCCACAGAGGAAGGCCUGGCGAGUAUUCACAGUGUCCUGUUUAGAAAAGACCCCUUUUUAUGGAGGGCUGCCCUCCUCUACUAUACUGUUUAUCGAGCCAGCCAAAUGUCUUUUUGUGAACUCUUCAAAGAUAUUGGCAAAUUUGUCAAGGAUCCCAAUACAAGAUGGGAUUAUUGUGUACGGGCCAAGAGGGGAUGGACUGAUACUUCCCAACCAGGGUGUUUUAGUAAAGACCAGGUAUACUUGGAUGGAAUUCUUCAAAUCCUUCGAUACAGAGAGACCAUAGACUUUCACCUACUGACGGCUCUGGGGAAGGUUUCCUAUGAAGAUGUGGAUCGCUUAAAAGGAUUGGCAGUUAUUGAAAACAUGAGAGUUCCUCACUUCCUGCAGGACCAUGGCCGAUAUAUGGAACACUUAGAGAAGAUCAUGGAAGUGAAUGAACUGACUGACAGGGAACUGAAAGAUCUUAUAUAGUAAUUAGUUUUCUUGCAAACAUAGCUAAGCUAUACCUCUAUGUAUAUUACCAAUUAGGUGCAGUUAGCACCAGCAGAUUUAUAAAAGGAGAAUGUUUACUUGAGUUUUCUGAAGAAUGGCCUUUAGUAUUCAGCUGAAUUUUUAGGUUACAUACAAACCUUAAGUUAUUUCCCUAAAAUGUUUCUAUAGGCUGCAAGGGGAAGUUGCUCUUGUUUUCCGACUUUCAAGAGAAUCAGCUGAAAAUACUGCUGAGUGUUUUUGAAGACUCUUGGUGGAAUUGAGUGAUGAACUUCUGCCUGAGCAGUGAGUGCUGGCCUUGUGCUCCUGCCUGAGUACCAAGGCUGGCCCCAGCUGGAGCCUGGCUGAAUUCCACUGUUGUCAGGCUCCAAAGUUAUGCUUUAUUUGACAAAUAAUGGUAAUUAUUCUCCUUAAAAGGUAGUUUUCUGAUGAUCCAAGAAGCUAGCUAUAUCAAAGAUUUUUUAUUUCUUUUAUAGGUUAAGUAAUUUUAAAGGGAAGGGGAAAGCAGUUGGAAAAAUUUUCAUUAAGUCCUUUAUUUUAACAUUGUUUCAUCUUAUCAGCUUAUAGGAACUAAAUUAGAAAAUUACCUCUUUUUGUCCAGUUAUCUCUUAACUAUGUUUUCAUUUGCUGAAACAUAUUGUACUUUACAUUUUAAGGUCUUUCCCACUACA